AUGUUAAUCAAGAAAUUGGUGUCUCUUCCUUCUCGUUCAGGACGACAUUUGCAGCGUUACAAUCAUGGUUGUCGUCUAGUUGUUGGAUGUAUUCCAUACAGAUACAGAGAAACCAAAACAUCACCUCCAAUUCAUGGAACCUUAAUUGAAGAAUUGGAAGUUCUUUUGAUUACCUCUCAAAAGAGUCCAAGGAUGAUGUUCCCAAAGGGUGGUUGGGAAAUUGAUGAAGAUAUAAAAUUGGCAGCUACACGAGAGACAAUGGAGGAAGCCGGUGUGGUCGGCACCUUAGGGGAUAAAUUAGGCGAAUGGAUUUUCAAGAGUAGAAGCCAGGACACAUUUCGUGAAGGCUAUAUGUUCCCUAUGCUGGUCACGGAGGAACUUGAUGUUUGGCCAGAGAAAAAUGUCCGACAGCGAAUAUGGAUGACAGUCAAUGAAGCUCGGGAAGCAUGCACACAUUCAUGGAUGAAGGAAGCUUUGGAUGCCUUUUGUUCAUCGAUUCACGCCUCUGCAAAUGAGGAGAAAGAAUUCCUUUAG